CGUUAAUUCUGCCGCCAGGCGGUAUCUCAAUCCCCGACCGCCUACCGUAGACGGGGUUGCCAUGUGGGCCAGCAUUACCACGCAUGACAAUACCGAGAUUCAACCUUCUCCGGAGGACAGCCGAGGUCGCCAGAGGUCAAAGCAUUACUUACUAGCAACUUCUCCCUCACAUGGUCGUCGAACUGCCUAUCUUUCCUGCCUUCCUCACUUCUUCCUCUUCCAAUUGAUUGAUUUCAUGGUAGAAUCAAUUCAUUGUAUUUAACUCGUUCUUUCAUCCCUUUUAACACACCAUGGCUGAUUCUAAGCCCAAACCCCCUUCAAUCCCCGAAUGGCAACGGCCCUCCGCCACCAACUCCGCCUCCGCAUCUUCGCCGAGCUCCGAUGAGGCUUCACGAUCGGAUCUUCUACAACAAGCGACCAAGUUCUUAGAAGAUGAGUCCUUGCGCGACGCACCGCUAGACCGCAAGGUAUCCUUUUUGGAAUCUAAGGGUCUCCGACAAGAUGAAAUUGACAGUCUGCUGGGUGUGUCGCGAAACUCCGAGGCAACCAGCAGUACGGCUGCAAUCGAGAGCGAUAACAAGACCACCGAGAUUAGCACCACGAAGGACACACCAAGCGACGCUGCCUCUUCAUCGCCUUCUAAUUCGACAUCUCAAUCAUCCUCUUCCCCUGCCGCCACCACCAUCCGCAAUCGGCAAUCCUCGUCCGCUCGUGACGUUCCACCGAUCAUUACUUACCCGGAAUUUCUCGUCAACCAGCCCAAACCCCCUCCACUAGUGUCUCUUCGCAGCCUCCUCUACACUGUCUAUGGCGCUGCAGGCCUAGGAGCUACUAUGUACGGUGCAAGCGAAUACCUCGUGAAGUCCAUGAUCGCCAACCUAUCAAGUGCGCGACACGAACUGGCCGAAACAGCCCAGGAUAACCUGAAGAAAUUGAACGAAAAGCUGGAGCAAAAUGUAUCAACCAUUCCUCCUCAGCUCACGGCUCGUCACACUCAAACUACUGGCUCCAACUCAGAUGAUGAGACCGAGUCUGUCACAUCCGACCCGGCGGAGCUAUUCCACCGUGACGUCGCUGUCCAGACCACGGAAGAUUUCAGUCUUGAGAACUCAUCCUCGUCAGCUGCGAAUACCGCAGACGCAGAAUCGUUCGACCCCAGUGCAGCUGUGAAUACACAUGUAAAGCGACUUGAAGUCAUCAAGUCGCAUCUCCAAGAAUUCUCCGAGACUGAGAAGCAGUCGAGUACGAGCGAUGAUACUGUUCGUACUAGCCUCAACGAGCUAAAUCAUUACCUCGAUGGACUACUAUACAGCAAAGCUGGCUAUGGCCCGGGGACCGGCUACGGGGUCUAUAGUACGCCCGGCUUUGACAGCAGCGGAAACGCGGCUGGCUUGGGUAAAGGCGAGGAAGACGCCAUAUCCAACUUCAAGGCUGAAAUUAGAGGUGUCAAGGGAGCUUUGUUGAGUGCCCGGAACUUCCCUGCUAGCCGGGGACCGAGAAUCAGUAGUGGUAUCGGCAGAUAAAGGGGGGUGAAUAAUUCUUUGGUUUGAGGUGACAAGUCAGUAUUAUGUGAACAUAUAUGUUUCUUCUUGCUUUUCUUUCUUUGGCUUGGUUACGGGAGAGUGUGUCGGUUUCCAGCAAUGACCAGCAUGGCGUUAGGAAUGAUUCUGUGUACAAUGAUAUCGAAGAUGUCUGCUAUACUUCGAUUGCAACGUAUGCCUUGACGAUGGUCCAUAUUUAACAGUUUGUCACACAUAAGAGGUAGAUAUAUUUUUAGUGUAUAUAUAUAACUACACUUCGCAUCCUAUAAAGUCAUGCCGAGUAAAUCAA